AUGGCUUCUGGUGGCGACGGAGGAGGCUCUUUGCCACCCAACUUCCUUCUAACCCCGCACCAACAGAGUCUGCUCUUUGCUGCUCUGAAUGCAAAUAAGCAGCAGUCGUCUGCAUCGCCGACCACCAAGGGCUUGUCAUUGUCCCCGAAUUCCUUUCAAGGCUCGCCAAUGCAGAAUGUGGACAAUGCCGGCUUCCAAGAUAGCCCUUACCUAGAUAAUAUCGACUACGACUUUGGCGACUCAAGCUUCGACUUUUCCUUUGCCAGCGCCGGUGGUGACCAGGCCAAGAUGGUUGGAGACAUCCCUGGCACCGUUGGAUCCGAUUCGACUGAGAACGACGGCCAUGAGAAGAGAAGUCAUCCGGAUGAUGAGGACGACGACAGCAGUCCUGGCAAUGAUUCCAAGAGACGCGAGAGUACUGAGAAGGUCGCCAAGAAACCCGGCCGUAAGCCUCUCACAUCAGAGCCAACCUCUAAGCGCAAGGCACAAAACAGAGCCGCUCAGCGCGCUUUCAGGGAGCGCAAGGAGAAGCAUGUCAAAGAUCUAGAGACGAAAGUCGAGGAGUUGGAGAAAGCUUCCGAGGCUGCCAACCAUGAAAACAGCAAGCUGCGAGCCCAAGUGGAUCGCAUCACCACCGAAUUAAACCAGUAUAAACAGCGCAUUAGUGUCAUGUCUCAGCACAAGACCAUGUCUCGCGAGAAGGUCCCAUUUGGCAGUGCUGCUCUCAAUAACCUGAGCGACGUUAGCUUUCAGUUUGAGUUUCCCAAGUUUGGCGCUCUUCCCGGACCGCCCAUCAAGCAGCCUUCCUCACAGCCUCUCAGUCCUCAGCAAAACGGACAAAAGAAUAGCCCCGCCCGCAGCAUGGCCAGCGACGGCAAGUCGCCGCAAUCAAAUCAAGACAACCAAUACAAGGACGACUUUGCCAAGUACGCCGGUAUCUUCGCGCCUUCCAUGUCCAACUCGACGAGAACCGGCUCUCGUGCCAGCGUUGAUUCUGUUCCUUUCAGUGUUGCGGCUGCUACUAGCUCACCUUCUGCGUCAUCCAACUCCAAUGUCGGUCCUAGCUCGUCCUGUGGCACUUCUCCUGAGCCCUUUACUCAAUCUCCAAUGAGUUUCAAGCCUCUGGAGACGUUGACUACUAUCGGUGAAGAACAGCCUGCGAUAGCGACAGCGGAACAACCAUUCGCUCAGUUUGCCAAUGUCGACAUUGGUAGUCCAAGUUUUGACUGGCUGGUUCAGCAGAAUGGUGGUGGCCACUUUGACCCUCAGCUGUUUGGUGAUUAUCGAGAGCCACAGGAAAAUGUUCUUGCCAACCCUUCAUUUGAUGACUUUUUCUUCAAUGACGGAUUGGACGCGGACUUUAUGACACCUUAUAAUGCCGCACCCAAUGCCCAUGCGCCAAAGAAGAAUCUCAUCGCCGAGAUUGACGCUCAACAGGACGCCAUUGAAGACGAUGUGGGGAAGAAAAACAACAUGAACUGCAAUCAGCUCUGGGAGAAGCUGCAGGAAUGUCCCAAGGCGCAGAGCGGCGAAUUUGACCUGGAUGGCCUUUGCUCUGAACUUACAAAGAAAGCAAAGUGCUCGGGCAGUGGCCCCGUGGUUGGCGAGAGAGAUUUCGACUCCAUCCUCAAGAAGUACAUGGGCAAGGAUGUAUCGGCUAAUUGUAUGGCCAAUAAGCUAGGCAUCUCUGUAAACCCAGAGCAACCAAACGGUGUGACAAAGCCGUAG